CCAUCUCCUAGAGCUUACACGACACGAGAAUUCACGAUGAGUACUCCCAUGGAAAUCGAUCAACCUUCCGGUUCAAAGUCCAGCGGGAAAGCCAAAGAUACUGGAAAGAAACGAUUUGAGGUGAAAAAGUGGAAUGCCGUUGCAUUAUGGGCUUGGGACAUAGUGGUCGAUAACUGCGCAAUUUGUCGAAACCAUAUUAUGGAUUUAUGCAUCGAGUGUCAAGCAAACCAAGCCUCCGCAACCAGCGAAGAAUGUACCGUAGCCUGGGGGAUUUGCAAUCAUGCAUUUCACUUUCAUUGCAUCUCCCGUUGGUUAAAGACUCGACAA